AUGAAAUUGAAGAAUUCUAUCAACUUCUUCAGUCUGAAACUAGUCAAACAUCUACCACCGCGGGUCGGCGCUCCUAGGAAACCUGAAUGCCAGCGGAUCCCACCCUUCCCCGACCACGCCUUCCCGACCUGGGUUAAGGGGCUCUUCGCUCCUCCCUACGUUCUCUUCUCUGAAGCUGUGAGCUUACGUUCUCGGCGCGUGACGCAGCACGCUUUGCAGAAGGACAAGAAGGCUAAAAGGUCAACCUGGAAGUUUAAUUUGGACCUUACUCAUCCAGUAGAAGAUGGAAUUUUUGAUUCCGGGAAUUUUGAACAAUUUCUACGAGAGAAGGUUAAAGUCAAUGGAAAAACUGGAAAUCUUGGAAAUGUUGUUCACAUUGAACGUUUCAAGAAUAAAAUUACAGUUGUUUCUGAGAAACAGUUCUCUAAAAGGUAUUUGAAAUACCUUACCAAGAAAUACCUUAAGAAGAACAACCUUCGUGAUUGGCUUCGUGUGGUUGCAUCUGACAAGGAGACUUAUGAGCUUCGUUAUUUCCAGAUUAGUCAAGAUGAAGAUGGCUCUGAGUCUGAGGACUAGGUGGAGCCUUAUAGGGCUUUGCUUGCUAAUAAAACAGUGAAGCAUACUGAGAAACACCUAGGAAUGGACUUGUAAUUUAUUGGUGAAUAAAAACAUUGUACUC